GUAGAAGAAGUCGUUCGGUGAAGGGGACCCGGCGGUUUGCUCCCCAUUAAGGAGAAGAUCAAGAUCCGAUUCCCAGCUGCACGCAGAGGACGGGGGUUGUCGUGGGUCUUUCAGCCUGGCUUUCGUAGCCCUCGCUGCUGCAGGGUCAGAGCAGAACUGCCUUCUCCGAGCGGCUUUCCUGUCCUGCUUGUAGCUCAAAGAUCGCCUCCCCCCUCCUCGCACCAUUUCUGUUCGUGUUGGUUUAGCUUUAUUUUUCCCUCCCCUUUUUGUCUUUUUUUUUUCCCGCCCUUUCGUUUAUUAUUAUUAUUAUUAAUUAUUCGAUUUGGGUAAAUUGCCUUCCUAAAACGAAAAUACUAACUCAGCAGUCGAAAUCCAUGCCCCCUGCCAUUCGGAAGAACCGGGUCUAAUAUGCCAGUGACAUCUCCGCCUUGCAGCAGUCGCGAUGAAGGAAAAAUCCAAGAACGCGGCAAAGACUAGACGGGAAAAAGAAAAUGGAGAAUUCUACGAACUGGCCAAACUCCUGCCCCUGCCCUCGGCCAUCACCUCGCAGCUGGACAAGGCGUCCAUCAUCCGCCUCACCACCAGCUACCUGAAAAUGCGAGCCGUCUUCCCCGAAGGUCUGGGCGACGCCUGGGGGCAGCCGAGCAGGAUCGGCCCUUUGGAUAACGUGGCCAUGGAGCUCGGAUCCCACUUGCUUCAGACUCUGGAUGGUUUUGUUUUCGUCGUGGCAUCCGAUGGCAAAAUAAUGUACAUUUCUGAAACAGCAUCUGUGCACCUUGGCCUGUCCCAGGUGGAGCUCACUGGAAACAGCAUUUAUGAGUACAUCCACCCCUCAGACCACGAUGAGAUGACUGCUGUCCUCACUGCCCACCAGCCUCUGCAUCCUCACCUCCUGCAAGAAUAUGAAAUCGAGAGAUCCUUUUUCCUGAGGAUGAAGUGUGUCCUCGCCAAGAGGAAUGCAGGCCUGACCUGCAGUGGCUACAAGGUGAUCCACUGCAGUGGCUACUUGAAGAUCCGCCAGUACAUGCUGGAUAUGUCCCUGUACGACUCCUGCUACCAAAUCGUGGGGCUGGUGGCCGUGGGGCAAUCUUUGCCUCCCAGUGCAAUCACUGAGAUCAAGCUCCACAGCAACAUGUUUAUGUUCAGAGCCAGCUUGGAUUUAAAACUGAUUUUCCUCGAUUCCAGGGUCACGGAAUUAACUGGAUAUGAACCCCAGGAUCUGAUAGAGAAAACCCUCUACCACCACGUGCACGGCUGCGACGUUUUCCACCUGCGAUACGCUCACCACCUCUUGCUGGUGAAAGGCCAAGUGACCACCAAGUACUACCGGCUGCUGUCCAAGCAGGGAGGCUGGGUGUGGGUGCAGAGCUACGCCACCAUCGUGCACAACAGCCGUUCGUCACGGCCUCACUGCAUAGUGAGUGUCAAUUAUGUCCUUACAGAUAUUGAGUACAAGGAACUUCAGUUGUCACUGGACCAGGUUACCAUUUCCAAGUCACAGUUUUCAUGCAGAAACUCAGUACCUACCUCGCAGGAAACAAGGAAAAUAGUAAAACCCAAAAGUAAUAAAAUGAAGGCAAAACUCAGAACAACACCUUACCCGCCACAGCAAUACAGCUCGUUCCAAGCAGACAAACUGGAAUGCAGCCAGGUGGGGAGCUGGCGCUCCAGCCCCGCCGCCAGCGCCGCCGCCCUCCAGGAACAGAACUUCCAUUCAGAGAGCAGCGAGCUCCUGUACGCCCCUCCCUACAGCCUGCCCUUCUCCUACCACUAUGGACACUUCCCUGUGGAUUCCCACGUCUUCAGUGGCAAGAAGCAAAUGCUGCCUGCAAAAUUCGGGCAGGCCCAAGGGGCGCCCUGCGAGGUGGCACGGUUCUUCCUGGGCGCGCUGCAGACCAACGGCGAGUGCCAGUGGCACUAUGCCAACUCCCUGGUUCCCAGCGGCCAGUCACCCUCCAAAAGCCUUCCUGAGCAGCCAGUGAACAUCAUCAGGCACAACCUUGCACAGAGCUAUGAAGUGCCACUGUCCAACAGGAGGUACAACCAGGACGCUCUGCCCGAGCCCUUCCCGAGCUGCACGGCGCCCGUGCCAGGCCGCUACAAAGAGGAGCUCUACGACUCUUCCCUCAUGAAACACAACAAAGCAGAGCCCAGGAUCCAGCCCCACGCCCACCUCAUCAAAGAGGAGAACAAGCUGGCUUUCACCAGAGACCUGCCAGAAAAAACAGCCAUCAACGAGGGCUCCUUCCCCAGCUCCCUGCUGCCCAAAUCCGAGUGCUGCCAGGCCAAGCCCGUGGGACAGCUGAGCCACCUGCUGCCCGUGCCCUCGGUCUACGAGCAGAGCAGGAGGAUUUGUGUCAAAGAGCCCAAAUUUGGGCACAUCAGCCACCACCCAGGCAGCCUGGAGGAGCUGGACGAGAGGAUGAGCACCAAGCUGGACCACGAGGCCGAGGGCGAGCGGCUGAUGGAGGUGAGGCCCUCGGGCCAGGUCCCCUUCGUGCUCCUCAACUACCACCACGUGCUGGCCAAGCAUGGAGCCUUCCAGACCUCCCCCUGCACGGCCACGGGACACGCGGGGGAAAAUUAUUCCUACAGCUCUGAGGAAGUCAACGCGUUCCUCUACAAAAACCAAAGCCCCUCCUCGGCUUCUUCUCCAGAAACCCACAAGGAAUCUGCACUCCCCCACUACAUUGGGACCUCUGUCAUCAUUGCCAACGGCAGGUGACGGCAGCACGGGAGGGUUCUGUGUUUCAUUAAGAAGCCAAACUGUAAUGGUUUGCUGAAAAAAAAAGAAAAGAAAAAAAAAAAAAGCAUGAGGAAACACAGUGACAUUUCCUGAGCAAAGCUGGAGGGCAGUGAGGGACAAAGCAGUGAGUUCCAGGAGUCCCAGGAAAAUCCCCUCCAUCCCCUGCCGUGCUUCCGUGUCCCAGACACAGCUCUGGUGCCAGGGAGAAGCCAAGUUCCAGAUCUUAUUUUUGUUAUUUUAUAGUGUGCAGCAGAAGGAAACGAGAGCUGUUAUAUGCAGAGGUUUAUAUGAAGAACUUUUUUUUUUUUCCUUGACCCCUCCUUAAAAUAAACUCAAGAUUUUUUUUUUUUAAUCAUUAUCAUAAAAUAUGCAUUCUAGUUUAGGGUUUUUUUGACAAAUUGUGUGAAACCUCGCACCAACUCUCCACCCAACCCCCUGACACAUGGACUUUGUUGAGAGAGUGGUGAUUUUGAACAACCACAACACAGCUGUCCUACCCAAACAGGGGAAAAAAAGCUUAUUUAUUAAUUACCAAAAAGUUUUAAAACGAAAUAAAUCAACCCCACAUUUGAUUUAUUUAACACAGAUUUCAGUGCUCUGAGAUUGUUGCCACCACCAUUUAUCUUGACAAGGGACAAUAUGACAAAUUAAUAGGUACAAAGAUAGGAAUUACAGGGUUACAGGUCUUGUCAUGGCAAAUUGGGACAAAUUAUGGGGCAGGAACUAAUUCCCCACAAACAAGAAAAGGAAACUCCUAAAUCCUGUGUUGCCCUGAGUAUUCUGGGGGAAGCCUGUGCAGAUUUUCAACCCAGCCAGUCACAAAUACAUCUUAAUAACAGCACCAGAAAUGUUUUCUUUAUAGUCAAGAGAAUAAUGAACAUUUCUGCCUUAUUUUGAACUUACCAGUAGAAUUGUGAGCUUUGAAAAUUCCAGCUCUUAACACGCUGAACUUCCUCCAGCAUAAAUCCCGUUGUCAGCACAAAGGUAGGGCUGGAAUUCCCUGCCUGGAGCACUUCACAAAUCCCAAACAGCACAUUUGAAACACUCACAUUUGGCCCAGCCAGCCAGGAAGAGAUUUUCACCCCUUUAUUUUUAAUUCUUUGCAGAGGAUGGAUCUGUGUGAGUUUCACUGACAGCACUCAGCCCACGGUGGUUUUCAGCCAUUUCCCCAAACAUUGGGAGUGGAUAAAACAUCAAGAGGCUCCCUAAACAAUAAAUGUGGCUCUAGAUCUCACUCAGCUCCAUUUCUUACCCCAGUUCAAGCUUAAUUCAGAAUUUUUCAAACUUUCUCUCAUCAGACUCCAAAGAGAACUUCGCUGAAAAACCUUGAGCACCCUGGGAUGGUGGAAGGUUCCCUGGAUGAGCUUUGAGCUUCCUUCCAACCCAAACCAUCCCAUAAUUCUUUGAAGAAAAUUCUUCCCUGGUUUGUGUCAGAUGGAAAAAUCACUUGCUCAUGGAUUGCACCUUGUCAGAAAAAUCCUAAUGCAAUACUCAGCCCUUAAAAUUCCAUGUUCUCCAUGAUUUCUAUGCAGCAAUAAUUCAUCCCAGAAUGGUCUGGGUUGGGAGGGACCUUAAAGCUCAUCCAGCAGAUCCAAGCCCCCGAAAGGGGCAGGGAAUUUUCCAUUAAAAUACACAAAUAAAGUUAUUUCCUUCUGUACAUGAAUAUUUAUUGGCAUGAGUACAAAAAAUAGUUUAAGAGCAAAGGCUGGACAACAGUUUUCAGUAUUUUUUUCAUUGCUUCCCAUUAAAGGUUCACAGAGAAACCUUUAUUAUCAAAUUAAUAUUCACUCGAAAAUGAACUUGAACUGAACACUCUCAGUUGUUGUUUUCAUUUGCACAAAAAAUACAUUUUGUGCUAAACAGAACAAAAAAGGCCAAAUCAGUGAUUCCAAAAAAAAACCCCAAACAGAACCAAACCAGCACAGUCACUCCCUGUGUAACCUCAGUCUGUUCAACGCUGGAGAAGCUGGCAAGGCUCCAGAGGAGCUGUAAAUGUGGAUUAUGAUCAUGCUGACCCCAUAAAUCAGGAAAUGUGGAUUAUGAUCAUGCUGACCCCAUAAAUCCAAGGCAGGAGACACCAGUUGCUUUCCCAGUUGGUUCAGAGCCCUCCCAGCCCCUGCUCCCCACAAACGACCCCAACUCCUGAAAAGAUAAUUAUGGGUUCAUUGGGUUCAAUUAAAUUAAACCCACGCCCCACAGAGGAGCCACUGGCAUGGCUGGCAUCAUUAAAAAGAAACCUGAUGCCCAACCUCUCCUACUGCACGUUCUCCCUCAUUAGAGGCACUGCUGAAUUUGGGUGUUCCUGCAAAUCCUGCUCGCUAUAAAAACACAAAAAUUGGGCUUUUGCUCGAGAAAAACACCGCUGAUAUUUUUCAGCUCGAUGUUUUUCCACCUUGUUAUUCCCACUUCCAGGCUUUAUUCCAGCAGCCUGAGCAGAGGAGGUGUUCCAUCACUCUCCCCCAGGUGUUUUAGGGGAGGUGAUGCCCAGGCACAGGAAAUUUCCCUGCGAGGCAAUAAUGAACCAAUUAAGAACUCACAGCUGAUAAUGCAGGGGAAGGUGCAGAAAAGAUGGCAAAAGCAAAUGUGGGAAGGAUUUUUUUUUUCUUUCCUGCCACUCUCCAAGAUUUAAACAGCAAUUCCAUGUUCCCAUCUGGGAGUAAAUUACACUGGGAGAAAAACAGGAUUUUUUGGUCAGUUAAAUUACAGAUGUUCUCAGCAAAAUCGUAGUGCUCUGCCAUCACAGUGGCAAUGUUUGAAUAAUGAAAAGUGGUUUUAAUAAUGAAAAAUGUUUUUAAUAAUGAAAAAAAAAUGAUGGCACUGAAGGGGAAUGUGAAUUGAAAUAUAUUAUGAAAAAUAACCUCAUUCUCUUUAGUAUUUCAGCCACACCUUUGUUGUGAGACUUCACAAGAUUUGAACUCUUGGGAGGGUUCAGACCUGGCAAGAAAACCAUGGAAAAUGGGAGAAAGAGAGUGAAAGAGGGAAUAUUUUACCAAAAUCAUAGAAAAUUUGGGUUGGGAGGGACUUUAAAGAUCUCAUUCCAGCCCCCUGCCAGUCAGGGAAUCUUCCACCAGGCCCAGGUGAAGCUGGAAAAGUCAAUCCCACAGUGAGGUCUCCAAGGUUUGGAAGCAGUGCAAUGGAAACAAAACAAGGUGAAAAAGGCCCAGGUCUGUCCCCAGCUCUCUGUGCCCUGGGAUUUGAAAAAGGUAAUUUCAGGAAAUUCAGCACAACAGGUGCAAAAUUGGGGAAUUCAUCACUGGAGGUGCCAAUGAAUGGGAAAUCUGCCAGAAUUUCUCCAGACAUCUCAAGACAGGACAUAAAUUCUUUUUUUUUUUUUUUCCAGUCACACUUCAGAAAUGCCACAGAGGAAAUGUUGUUAUUCCAGUUCUUUCCUGAGGUUAGAUUUUGCUUUUUUUUUUUUUAAUAUGAUGCAGAUAAAAGCUAUUUGGCAAGUGUAGGUGAAGAAGCACGCAACCCAACCAACCUAUUCAAGCUCAGAAUUAUAUAUGUAUUCCCUAAAAAUGUAAAGCAUUUUUGCUUAUUUAUUAUGUAAAACAAAACUGUUAAAAUGUUAAUAAAAUCCUGUAGCCAAAGGAAAA